CGGGAGGCGGCGCCGCGGCUCUCUGGCCCCCGGGCGGCCCGGCGCCAGCCCCGAGUGCCAGCCAUGCAGGAAGCGGGAGCGUUUCCUGGUCCGGUCGGGCCGCCCGGAAUGGCACUUCUCCCGGGUGAAGAUUACUCCAGGUCCAGUCGGGACGCACGUGUGCGCUUAGGUCGUAUUUGUGAUCGCCUCCUUGCUGGGCCUGGGGAGAGAGCCAGCAAGGCCGAGACCCUAGCUCCCCGCCCUCGGGUCCAUGGAGUCGGGGUGGCCAAGUGGACGCCGACUGCCAAGGAGCCUGCCGGCGCGCUCCCGCCGUCUUGGCGUCGGACAGGACUCGGGUCCGGGGCUCGAGGAGCAGUGCCAGCCAGCCAGGGAGAGCCUCAGCAGGAGAGCCAGGAGAAUGCCGCAGAAGGCACGGGGGGCGAGCGUUGGCAGCAGGGGAGGGACCAGGAGGUCUGGACAACCGGUUCUGGGCAAAGGGGAGACAGAGCGGAGUUCCUAGAGUCUGAAGGUGCAGGAGAACUCCCCAGCCCAGCAGGCGGGCCUGGAGCCCUACUUUGACUUCAUCAUCACCAUCGGGCACUCGAGGCUGAACAAGGAGAAUGACACGCUAAAGGCCCUGCUGAAGGCCAACGUGGAGAAGCCCAUGAAGCUGGAGGUGUUCAACAUGAAGACCAUGAAGGUGCGCGAGGUGGAGGUGGUGCCCAGCAACAUGUGGGGCGGCCAGGGCCUGCUGGGGGCCAGCGUGCGCUUCUGCAGCUUCCGCAGGGCCAGCGAGCACGUGUGGCACGUGCUGGACGUGGAACCUUCUUCACCUGCCUCCCUUGCUGGCCUGUGCCCCUACACAGACUAUGUGGUUGGCUCAGACCAGAUCCUCCAGGAGUCCGAGGACUUCUUUACACUCAUCGAGUCCCACGAAGGGAAGCCCUUGAAGCUGAUGGUUUACAACUCCGAGUCCGACUCCUGCCGGGAGGUGACUGUAACUCCCAACGCAGCCUGGGGUGGAGAGGGCAGUCUGGGCUGUGGUAUUGGCUACGGGUAUCUGCACCGGAUCCCAACCCAGCCUCCCAGCCACCACAAGAAGCCACCUGAUGCCCCGGCACCUGGUGCCCCACCACCUGAUGCCCUGCCUCCUGAUGUCCUGCCUCCUGAUGUCCCGCCACCUGGACCCACCCCCCAGGACUCUCCUGCCCCUCCCAGCCCAGAAAUAGGCUCUAGGCAGGAUGACUACAUGGAGGCUCUGCUGCAGGCACCUGGCUCCUUCAUGGAGGGACAGCUUUCUGAGCCUGGGAGUCCCAGCCAUGGUGCUCCAGACCUUGGGGGAUUCCCACGUCCUAUGGAGACUCCUCUUCAGCCUCCCCCUCCGGUGCAGCGCGUCAUGGACCCAGGCUUCCUGGCCGUGUCGGGUCUCUCCUCCUUGGAGAGCAGCAGCGCCGGUGUCUGGCCCAGCCUGCCCUCGGCCACAGAGCUGACCUGCACAGCUCUCUCAGCCUCCGGGCCCGAGGACGUCUCCAGCUGCGGUUCUCACGAGCGUGGCGGUGAGGCCACAUGGUCCGGAUCAGAGUUUGAGGUCUCCUUCCCGGACAGCCCAGGCACCCAGGCCCAGCCAGACCACCUGCCUCAGCUAACCCUUCCUGACAGCCUCACCUCUGCAGCCUCACCGGAAGACGGGCUGUCUGCUGAGCUGCUCGAAGCGCAGGCUGAGGAGCCGGCAAGCACAGAGAACCCAGAUUUCGAGGCAGAGGCUGAGGAGGCAGCCAGCCAGGCCCAGCUCUCCACCCCUGAAUAACGCCCUUGGCUGUGUCGAGGCCCCUGAUGGCAUUUCGUGAGGCCUAGAUGUGGGGAAGCAGCUUAGGCCACACUCCGUAGCCCAGCCCCUUGCCUGAUCCCGGCCCAGCGUGCAGCUUCCUAGGCGAUGGCUCCCAGGAUGUGCAGGGACUUCUGUGGCUGUGGGGGGCGGAGGGGGGGGGGGGGCGCUUGUGUGUCCACAUAGACCCUACUGGUGUCCAAGAGAUGACCUCCCAGCAUUAAUUGUGCCUGAUGGUCCUGGCUUUGGGGAAUUGUGCACUCAGACAAAUCCUUUUGGGGUGGUGGGAGGCUGGGAGCAGCACCCAGAUUAAGUUUUGCAGGAGCUGGGGUAGGAGAGGAAAGGACUGUGCUGCUUGGGUGGGGCAAAGAGCCUCAGUGGGUAGGAAGAGGAGGCCGUGGGCCAAGGGCAUCUGUUGGCCACGUACCCUUGAGUCCAGUGCUCGCUCCUGCUUUGGUCACUGUGGCUGCCCAGGAGGCAGCAGGGUCCACACAGGGUCGUGUGUGCAGAUGGAGUGAAGGAGGAAGGGACAGGUCUGGAGUGUUCGCCUAACACUUGGCAGGGCGUGCCUUGAUUCUUGCGCAGCUCAGCUAGCCCUUGGGGACCCCAAUUACUGUCUCCUCUGUCCUGUGCCCUCAGUCUCUAUGCUGCCCUGCACAGUUGGCUCCGGCAGGCUGACGUCUGCCAGUCCCAGCCAGAGGAGAGAAGCAGUGACCUCGCCCCUCUCUCCUGGGAGAGGAGGGUUGGAAAUUCCGGGCCCGUCAGCAGAGACUCACUUGUCCUUGGACCACGAUGUUCCUUCUUCCCCAGGGUCUACACUCCACAGACCCAAUAUCCCUAGUAGUGACUCCUGUCAGCUUCCCAACUUCUACAACCAUCUCUUCUAAAUAGAUACAAGGCAUCCAGGCAGCCCCAGUGGUGAAUACAAAUGGCAAAUUUAAGCUCACCAUCCUGAGCAGACUCUCAAAGCCAUUCCUGACUGGAUCUCUUUACACAAAGCUCCCACCCUAAGGGGGAACGAGGGGCCUGGACAAGAGUGGGCAAGGGCCAUUCCGUUCUUUUCCAGAGUAUGGAAGGAGGCUGUUUCCUCCACCCCAGGUACCUGGAGAGGCUAGGACUAGGCCAGGUCUUCUGCUCUACCUGGUUCCUGCAGGAAGAGGAGGGCUCCACACAGUAACCAGCUCCCCAUCCCCUGAAGUCCCUCACCUGCCCACUUCUUGCUGGUUGCCAUGAAAGCAGCCUCUCUGGCCUUGUCUUCUAGCUGCUACCCAGUUUAAAGUCCGACCUUUGCCGCUUGAUCUGUAACGUGUGCACUUAACAGCAUUCAGAGUUCUGUUAGGCCCAUAGGACAAGGACUGUCUGCUCUGGAGGGCGCAGACCAAGUAUAUGCAGGGAGGGCCCCCAAUGAGCAAACACUUCAAAUUUCUAGCACUGUGACUGCAAUCUGAAGCAAGGCCUCCUCAAGCCUACCAUAGCAGCUGAUAAGCCUGCUGAACAGGGAGGCAUUGUGUCCGAAGCCAGGGCUGGAGCUGGGUUCUGGGAUUGUCUGGGAGCCCAGUGUCCGCCUGUAGGGAUCCAGGAAGUAGAAGAGAAUCACCACAGGACUGUUCUGAGGCCACCUUCCCUGAACUGCAGCCUGGUAAUAUGGCCCAAAGUCACCCUCACCCCAGGAUUCUGGCUCUUCCCUCCCUUUGACACACUCCCCGCCCUAACCAGGGGGAUAAAAUGGGUACUGAUGCUAACAAUUGCCAGGGUAAACAUGGAACCAGAAGUUUCUCUGUAAUCUGCUAUGAAGGAAAAUGACAAGUGAAAGAAAUAAAGGUGUACUACACUUUGAAAUAUUUUAACUAAAGCCUUUAUUCUAUACAACUGUGAAAUACAGAUUUUUACCCUUUUGGCAUUGCAGACUGUCAAAUUUUCUGGAAACGUACUGGUCUGACUGAAAGGGAAAAAAAAAAGCAUGCUGAGGGUCAGAUCUAUGACAGGAAGGGAGUGCAGCCGCCCCUCAAGGCUCGGCACACAGGGCAAAAUGGCCCAGCGAAACCCAUUCCUUUAGCCCAAGGGCCCCUCCGGCAAACACAGCAGAGGGCUGGUAAGUGAGUUGUAGGAUUUUGUUUGUUUGUUUUUGCCAUUAAUUCACAACUAUUGCUAAAAAAUGUGCACCAAAAGCGCACCGUUGUAUCCAACAGAUAGAAAGGAUUUUUUAAAAAAAGAAGCCGGUUGCUCUCUGUGUAAGGGGGAAAGACUCACUGGAAAUGUGGUACAUCUUUGCUCACUUCUUCCAAGUGCUGGAGGCAGUGACCUGUCCACUUUCCAAAGGAGGCUGACCAGCAGUGAGGGAACCCUGUCUCUACAGUUGUGCAGGUAAGAAUAUCUCAAAUAGAAAGGUCUGGACCCAGGCCCAUCAGCUGCCUCCAGCUGAACCUGUGAAGAUGUAGAAAAGAAAAAACCUUCCCCGCUCCUUCCCAGUCCCUGCUGUUGUGGGGACGGACCGCACGCGAGCUGGGGAGGCAACUGGACUGGAAAAAACUGCCCUCUGAAGGCACUUGUGCUUUUGGCUUCCUACAGGAGGCUUGUCUUAACGUAGUUUUACAGCGGUGGACCAUUGUUCUAUUCUGAAUACAAAUGACCUUGGGGAGAAUCCAAAGUAUUUUUUUUCCUGCCAAAAGUUGAAGUGUUUAUCCCCAAUAAGUUAUAUUCUGUACAAGAAUCAAAUGAUUCUAUGAAAGCUUCAGAUUGUUAGAAAGAACAACGAAAAGAGCUCUGGAUACAGGUACCACAACAAAACCCUGCAUAUAAAACUCUGGAGAAAACAAAUAUGUAUACUUCCAGGAUGUGAAUAUCAAGUUAACUCACUAGGAUAUCCUUUUUUCUCUGACACCGUACAUUUUAGGUAGCAUUUAAAUGAAGCGAGUAUCUCCUCGUGGUCUUCAGUUGCGAUGGUGUCGCAAUGCUCAGAGCGCAAACCUGUGGCAUCACGUGGCUUGGCCCCUCGACAAAGCUGGACACGGCGGGGCAGGGAAGGCGCUGCACCUGCCCGUGGCUGCCGCACGGCUGGGGGCACCGUGAGGGUGCGGCAGCCCUGGGCGCUGCUGGGCGUACUCCAGUCUGGCGGUCCAAGUGCUACGUUCCAGCACCCAGAAUUUCUACAGGUCUUCCUAAAAGAAUGCAUCUGAGAUGCAAUAUUAAAACAAGCCCAACAAGGAUAAUUUAUUAUGAAAUGGGCUGGCUCUGGAAUUGUACAACAGCAAAUUCCUAUUAAAAAUAACUCUUAAAUGUGAGAACAACUUGCUUGUUUUUAAUGACCGACUUGGAAAAAGCCUUCAUAUGUGCUGCGUGAAUGGAAUGUACUCUCUUAGAAAAGCUCCAGAGCAUGUGGGUUUGAGGUUGAAACACAGUGACAGACAUGGCUCUACCUAUGUGUCUCUAACAAGUGCUAACAGACAAAGAUAAGGUCCUUUGAAACGAAAGGAGGAAGCCAAGUCUGCUGGCCUGCCGUCCGUUCUCUACAUCUCACAAGACACAGUGUGCUUGCGGGCUGUUCUCGCAUUCUCUGCCUCCCUGGGGACAGCUUAAUCUACACAUGGAGACUGGUUUCUAUUUUACAUCGCUAUUAGUCAUUUCAACUGAAAGAGAAUCUCGGUCCAUACCAAAUCAGCCAUUAGAAGUCUUGCUCCCGUUGGGGCUCGGUGGGCUUCCUAGGACUACUCUCGGGGCCAUAGAGGAAGGUCAGUAAAUGAAUACCCAGGAGUGCUCACCCACCCCUCACGUGGACUUCUGACGGUAAUGGAGGGUGAGGUCACCACCACUCUUCCAUAUGAAGUGCUUCACUGUUCGGAGGUCCAUGUUUGGAUCUAAAACCUGAACAGCAAAAAAUAAAUAAUAAAAAAUGUCAAAGCCUCUA